CUGCUCCCGCUCAUGUCGAGUCCGCUUUGCUGGCUUCCUAAAAUAGUAUCUGCAAACUCGACCACAUCAUCCAAUCCCAGGAGCCCCAGGACUGGACUGGACUGGACUGGAGGGGUCGAUACACUGUAUGGAAUAUAGUAUUUGCUACUCCGCCAGCAAGUCAAAUCCCAUCCCAUGAUCCAUUCUGCUUCUGUCGAACCGUUGAUUACCGAAAGUUUCUCACCUGCUUGUUUGAAUAUUUCACGACAAACAACCUUGAGUUUUCCGGCGUUUUGAUACGAUCGGCCGUGCGUGUUGUGACCUAGCCUACAUCCCUUUAUCGAAGCCAUAUGUUCAGACCUGGCCACCAGGGAGCAAGAAUCGGGGCGCCAAAAUAAACUGGUCUCGAGGCUAUCUAAGAUAUACUUAAGCUUGCCCAAGUCUUUUCGUCACUUGCAUUAGAAAAAAAACCCUCCCCUUGCUCGGUCGCACCAAUCGCAGCCUUCCACGCUAAGAUACCCAGGCAUCUCGCCUUGUUCAGGGACCACGCACUUCACACUUCUUCCCCAACCGCGACAACUGCUCCACCCCAGCAAAGCAUUCGUACCUUAGCGCACCACUCGAGCGCACUAUCAUAGCGCACCACCUCAGCCACGGCCGGGUUUGGUGUGUCUGUCUCCUCAAGCUCUUAUACCCAACUUACGCAUCAUCUCCAGCUCUUUCGCUGUGGAGAGUCGAACCGACCGAACCCAGCUCUGGCAAUACGGCAACGGAGUAUUGGCUCGGUGGAUGGCGUACAAGUCAGACUUCGUUCUGUUUCCCUCACUCUACAGACAAGCCUCUCUUGGCUGGCUACCCGCUGUAACUAUCAGGCUCGGUCCCGCGCCACCGUCAGGUUCCGCAGAGUUUCCAACCGCCCUUAAACUGCCAUCCAUUCCUCCCUGCACGGCCUCAAACGUCCGACAUCAACGCAAUCGCCUCAACCAUCACCAGCGCAUCGCUUCAUCUCAUCAUGGCCUCACGAGGCCCCAAUGAAGGGUUGCCCAAGCCAGAAGUUGGCGACACCUUGAUUGUGAUACAUGAUUUCCAGGCUCGAAGCUCCGAUGAACUCAGUCUUGCGAAGGGAGACCGAGUUGAACUCAUAGAACGAGACGACGAGUUUGGUGAUGGAUGGUUCCUUGGCCGUCAUCUGGUCAACAAUAAUAAUGGGCUCUUUCCUGAAGUUUACACUAGGCCAGCCCCAAGAAAUAUUCCCACAAGCACUUUCAGUGUUUCGAAGGCCCAGACUGCUCAGCAAGAACAGGCUCAGGACUCGAGCGCCGAUACAGGUACCAAAGAAGAGAACGAGUUGCAACAACCACAAACUAGGAACCCUGUGACAUUACCUCUCAAUAACGUCAAAUCCGAACCCUCACUGGUGCCGAGCGAGCCACCUGUCUUGCCCGCCUUGAGCCAACUAACGACUCAGAAUCAGGACAGCCCUGUCUUGCAUGAAACGCUGACUGUUAUUGACGAGCACAUUACCGAUUUACGAUCACCAGCGAGCAAUGGCGGACUCCGGGCGAUAGCGAACGAUUCUGGAAGCGAAUACAGCAGCACCCAUCCCGACCAACGAGCAUCAUACAUACAAGGUGAAGAGACUGACGAAGAAGAGGAGGGUUUUCAUACGCGAGACGAAGUCGAAUCGUGGUCUCCCGAUGAUGUUGCCGAAUAUCUCUUUACUUCGGGUGUCGAAAAGCACCACUGCGAGGUCUUUAGGGACCAAGAGAUAUCCGGUGAGGUUAUCCUUGGUAUGGAUCAGAGCUCACUGUUCAUCAAGGCAUUCGAUCUUGGGUCUGUCGGCCGGCGCCUCAAGACUUGGCACAAAAUCAAGGCACUUCAGGAUGAAGUGAGUAACCAAGGCUUGGAGACACGGCGUACAACACAAACCUUUGGAAACGAUGGUUCAGAAGAAGGCCGUAGAUCUCGGAGCCGAGCAAACACCCUGACCAAUCGGCCCACUUCUAUUCAGACCAGGCGACUCUCCUUAUCGCAGAAUACGCCAAAGGCAUCUCCGACAUUUGGAGGAUCUCAUGCGCAAGAGAGCUCUAACCGCGCUAGUCAUAUCAAGCGGCCAUCCGCGGCGUCGAUCAGAGAAUUGAACCAUUCGCGUCGACACUCUUCGUCGACUGACUUUCGCCAAGCUGGCCCUGCGACGGCAAGCCCAGCCGUUCCCGUUCCUAGGAUCGCGACAUCGGGUACUUUCCCCGGAAGCGAGACUGCCCAUAAAAAGCAACCAUCAUUUGACAGAAAUUGGACCCUAGGCAACGCUUAUUCGCAACCCCCCCAGCGACCCCUUUCUUCAACUGGCCUUCAGGAUCUACUUAGCCCAUCGGGAGCAGAAGCACAGGAUUCUAGUGUCGACGCUGAUCGGGGUUACUUCUCUGGAACAGAGGUGGAUGGGAGGAAGAGAAACUUGUUGCGAAAGCGCGACAGCAAUGCUGAAUCGAGAAAGUCAAGUUAUGCCGAAGAGCAAAGGGUUAGAAGCGCCACAGCUAUGGCACGACAGUCAAGAUUCGGUAGCGUGGGGUCUAUUGCGGAAGGGGGUAUCUCGUCAGCAGCUCAAAAGUACUACGGUAUUCAGUCUGGCGCUCAUAGGAGAACUGCGUCAGCCGCUUCGGAAUCAACGAUGAACAUGCCACCACCCAAUGAUGUUCCUUCACCCACCGUCACCAAACUGGACACUUCGGUCAGUUCCGCUCGCUCAACCGCCUCACCUAUGACAUCGAGACAUCAAGGUUUCAACUCGGACUGGCUGUCGUCAAUGGUCAACAAACCCAUUGCCCUUGCUGGAGGAAAAGGUAUGCGGGCCAUAUCUGAUAACCUUAGCCUUGACCGAUCUAAGGCGUCAACUCCAACGGACUCAUCGAACAAAGAUUUCUUAGUUGACUCACCUGCGCGAACCGGCUCGACAACUCCAUCAGGUGGAGCAAGCUUCGAUCUUGAAUCGCCCGACACUGCCAAGAGUCCCAGCACUCCCGUAACCCAGGUCAACAAGAAGGCUGGCAAGAAGGGCAAGAAGGAAACGAGCGCAUACACCCGUGGGCUGCUCAAAAUCUCGCCAAAGGAAGCAAGCAAAGAUGCCGAUUAUAGUGGCUGGAUGAGGAAGAAGAGUUCCAACCUCAUGACAACCUGGAAGCCUCGUUUCUUUGUUCUCAAGGGCCGGCGGCUGGCUUAUUAUUACUCAGAAGAUGACGACCAGGAAAAGGGACUCAUCGAUAUCUCGUUUCACCGAGUUCUACCAGCAGACAAUGAAAAACUCACAGGUCUUCAUGCUACGAUCACAAGCCUUGGGGGUCAAUCGAUGCCUGCGUCCCAGAAUAGCGAUGAUAACUUAGAAAAGGGAGAUGACUCUAUCUUCAUCUUCAAGCUGGUUCCUCCCCGAGCUGGUCUCUCCAGGGCUGUGAACUUCACAAAGCCAACCGUUCACUACUUCGCUGUUCCCAAUUUAAAGCAAGGUCGUUUAUGGAUGGCGGCCUUGAUGAAGGCGACAAUUGAUCGAGAUGAUACGAAACCCAUCACUACGACGUACCAGCAGAAGACAAUCUCUCUUUCUAAAGCCAAGCAGAUGCGUCAUCGCCCACCGGCUCUAAUGAACCUCGACGAAGGGGCCGAAGAGGACGCUGGCACGGCCCGAAAGGAAGCCAACGGCCUGGGAAUUUCAUACGACGAGGCUGACAGCGGUGUUUCUGGCGUCGACAAACUCGCGGGCCAAAAGGCUGAAGAAGCCAAGUCAAACCUCGAGCCCGAGAAAGAGCAAGAGAACCUACAGACAGCUUGAUCGAUGCCAUGCACACGACCUUACUUAUAAAUUUCUUCCUAAUCGGUGUGAGGCGUAUCUGGCCUUUCCCUAACAAAACUUCCCUUACACAUUUUCCCACACCCCCUUCUCAUAUAGAAGCUUAAUCCUUGUCUUUUCUUUUCUUUUUACUUGAUACCUCGGGCGCAGGGGGAAACUGGAAAUCUCAAUAAGAUAUGGUGAUGAAACAAACAGAUGCGGAUGGAAUGCAAUGCAAUGGAAAGUGGAGGAGAAUCUCAGCUCAUCCCUUUGGUAGUGGAUAUGCACGGGCCGAGACUGGCGAACAAGAACGAACAAGACUGUCAUGUUACAAGAGACAAUGAUGAUGAGGAGGGCUUUUAUUAUUGGCAUUUUUACAAACAUGAAAGUCUUGAGGAUGAUUUGCUGAGCUGGAGAAAAUGAGCGUCCCUCUGGACGGCGUCCGUGCUGGUAGCUUGAAAUCCUGUUUUUCUCGUGGUCAUAAUGUGAACGAAGAUCCUUACAUUUGAGUGACACAAACCUAUUGCAAUCGAGAGCACCCUGGGGUGGAUGGAGAUUUUCUGCUGAGCAGAGAAUACGGAUUGAGCUGAGGGCGCGCAAUUAAGCUCUGAAGUUCACAUAGUCUCGCGCAGAUAAAUUGAAUGCAAAAAAAAAAGUUCAUGAAAUAUCGAAUUGGAAGACGAUCGCUUGCUCUAGAGGUAUAUGAGAC